AUGAGUAACAGUUUUUUCGCCAUUGUCUAUUAUGAUGGAAAGAUUUCUAAGAGUGAUACAGAUGUUGUAUUUGAAUCUGAUGAUCCUAUAAGCUUAACCUUUAUAAAGGACAUUACUUUAGAGGAAAUGAAGUGUAAAAUCAACAGAAAAAUAGGAGCUGGAAAUACAAAGACAGUAUCUAGUCUUACAUAUAGAUUUCCAGUGUCUUUAAUUCGACGAGCUUUCGUAUAUAGAGCAGUAGUUAUUGAUGAUGAUGAUGAUGUCACGACUAUGAUCGCCGCGCAUGAGAAAAGUGGGAAUGUUGCACUCGAGCUCUAUGUGAAGCUCGAGGAUGUUGAAAAAGGAUGUAGGGACGUCAAUGUUCCGGCAUCUAAUCCGGAAAUUCAACCUAUUAGACAAUGUGAGGCCGAGAUACCUUCAAGCUCCCAAGUAGCAACCGAAGCUGCUAUUGAUUUGAACAUUGUACCAUUCGGUGAAUCCUAUGUGUUCGAGGAGUAUGAGAACGAGGAUGAAGAUGAAGAGGAUAGAGAUUCUGAUGUAGAAAUCAUUCCGGCCCCUGGUCCCCAUUUGUCAUCAAGUAUCGGAUCUAGCCGUGAUCUUCCUGCAAUGCAAGCUCAUGAAUUUCCCGAGUAUGCUCAUAUAAUACCGAGCCUUAUGACUUGUUCAGAGACUGGUGAUCUUUGUAUUGGGAUGAGAUUUCCGACGAAAGAUGCUGUGCUUUCAGCUAUCAAGCAUUACAACAUUAAACAAUCUGUGGAUUACAAAGUGAUUGUGUCGACACCAACGAAAUAUGUGGGUAAGUGUAUAAUGUUUGGCCAAGGAUGUAAUUGGAGCAUUAGAGCAGCGUUUAUGAAGAGGAAUCGAAUAUGGGAAGUUCGAAAAUAUAAUGGUCCUCAUACUUGCAGAGUAGAAAGGAUAUCGCAAGAUCAUAAAAAAUUAGACUCGAAUGUGAUACGUGACUUCAUAGUUCCAUUAGUCAAAGAAAACUUGCCUAUUUCAGUUUCGGAUUUGAUUGUUGAUUUACGUGAUACUGCGUCUCGUAUAGAAAAGCUUGGAAUGGAAAGCAAAAGGCAAUUGCUGAAUUGUAUGGUGAUUGGGAUAAAUCAUAUAAUGAUUUGCCUAACUUGUUGGCUGCAAUGCAACAAUAUGUCCGGGUCUUGUAUUGAAGGGUUUCGGUAUUGUAAGCCUAUUGUUCAAGUAGACGGUACGUUCUUGAAUGGGAAAUACAAUGAAACAUUGUUGUUGGCUAUUUCACAAGAUGGAAACCACAAUAUUCUACCGUUAGCAUUUGCUAUCGUUGAGGGCGAGACGAAAGAGGCUUGGGCUUUCUUUCUGACAAAUUUAAGAAAGCAUGUUAAACAAAUGGGCAUAUGUUUGAUAUCGAAUUGGAAUGAAUCAAUCAAGUCCGUGAUCAGGAGUAAAGGAAUUCGUGGGGUUCCGCCGUAUGCAUACCCAGUAUACUGCCUUCGGCAUGUUGCAGUAAAUUUCAUGAAAGAAUUUAACGAUAAUGAGUUACGUCAAGAAGUUGUCAGCAUGGAUUGGAAAAUGUACGAAAAAAAAAACAGUCGGGCAGGCGAAUGGUUGGACAAUAUCUCGAAAGAAAGGUGGACUUUGUCAUAUGAUGGAGGGCGACGUUACGGUCAUAUGACGACCAACUUAGCUGAAUUUAUCAAUCCAAUGUUUAAGGGGACGCGUCAUCUUCCAAUUGCUGCUUUAGUCCAUGAAUCGUACAGUAUGUUAGCUCAACUUUUUGUGGAGAUGGGUAAGAAACAACUUACGAUGAUGGACUCGGGACAAAUUUACUGCGAAUUAGUGCCACAGGAAUUACAAGAAAAUUGUUCAAAAGCUAAAUCUCAUCGUGUUCAUGAUUUUUCGCAUGCAAAUGAAUUUUGGGUUGAAGAGUCAGUUCAAUCAAGCGAGGGAUCGCCUUUAAAAUCGUAUACAGUGAAUCUUACUCAAAGGUGGUGUGGUUGUAGGAAGUUUCAAGCAUACCGAUAUCCGUGCUCGCAUGUAAUUGCUGUAUGUUCUCAUAUUCAUGCUGAUUACAAUGAAUAUGUUGACAAUGUCUAUAAACUUACAACCAUAUUCAAAGUUUAUAAACAUGAGAUUGAAGCGCUCCCGAACGAAAUGUAUUGGACGAAGCAUACUGGUCCUGAAUUGUAUCCGAAUCCAAAAUUGCGUAGAGAUCCUAUAGGUCGUCCACAAUCAACUCGGAUUCGCAAAGAGAUGGAUAUUAGGGAGCCUGGCCAACCAAAGCAUUGUGGAUUAUGCAGAAAUAAAGGUCAUAGUCGUCAAACAUGUCCUUACACAGCAGGAACCUCGGGUGGGUCUACCAAUUAA